UCAGCAAUUCAGUUUUUCGCGAACUGCUGAAGUGAAAAGAAGUAAAAAACUUUUUGGUGCUUUCUGCGAAAAGCGAGUUUUCCUGUGAAAUAAAGACUUGUCAAUUGAUUUCGUGUGAAGCUGGAGAUUAAUCAGGGGGAUCCAGAUACGGAGGACACGGAGGAGAUUGAGGAGAAUCUCAGUACUCUCGUAAUUCAUGGUUUGACAAAGGAUGGGAGUAUGGGGAAGAAGUACCAGAUCUCAAUCCCAAAUGACUAUCUCCGGGAAAUUGUCUACCAAUCCGCCAAGGAUGGCAUGAAUAUUCUCCUCUAUGGGCAUCUCCAGAGGAUUCAUCCAGCUGAGAUGCGGAAUAUCAUCAUCAAUCAGGGUGGCGAUGCAGGAGAGCCCAAGACACUGAGCCCCUUCAUGGUGGCAGCCUACCAUGGGCAUGCUUGUGUGCUGAAGAUGCUCCUGGAACGCUUCAAGCCUGAUUUGGAAAAUGAGUGCCCUCUCAACUACGAUGGGACACUCAUUGAGGGCGUCACGGCGCUCUGGUGUGCCGCAGGAGCUGGGCAUUUGGAAUGCGUAAAGGUGCUCGUGAGGGCAGGAGCGGAUGUCAAUCACUGGACAAAGUCGCAUUCAACUCCAGUGAGGGCUGCAUGCUAUCUGGGGCGCAUGGAUAUUGUGAAGUAUCUGAUGGCGCAUGGGGCUCAAAUUGACCUGCCCAACAUCUACAACAACACCUGCUUGAUGAUUGCCGCCCAUCGCGGGCAUCUCGAUGUGGUGGAAUUUCUCAUGAAGGAGGGCAUGGACAUCAACACCCAAGCACGCUGUGGCGCCACAGCACUCCACUACGCCGCUGAAAGUGGUCACAUGGAGAUCUGUGAGCUUCUCCUCAGUCGUGGGGCCAUUAUUACGAAGAAUGAUUACGAUUUAACGCCCGUUCUUUUGGCUGCUGAACGAGCACACAGUACCACUGUGAGUGUCUUCCUGGAGUUCCCGGACUUGAUGACAAAGCCCGAGAAGAUUGAAGCGCUGGAAUUGCUGGGUGCUUCAGUGGCGGCCAAUGAGAAGGAUGCCCAGAGUUUGCCAAAGGCACAUACAUACCUCAUGGCAGCCAUGGAGAUGCGCCAUGAUGAUCCGGAUACAGUGCUGCGGAAGACACUGGAGCCCCCAAUUGCGGCCUAUGACAACUGGGUGGAGUGUCAGACUGUGGCUGAAAUGCAGGCCAUCCGGCACAAUGCAAAUUCCAUCUAUAUGGAAGCUCUGGCUGUCCGGGAGCGUAUUCUGGGGAGAAAAUUCCCGGAUUUGGUGUCCCCGGUGGUCUAUCAUGGAGCUGUGUGUGCUGAUCAUGGACGUUUCGAUAGGUGUGAGAAUCUCUGGCAUCAUGCGCUCUUCCUGCGCCAGAGUAAUGGUUACCCGGUGGCGAGAGAUCUUCAGCGCUUUGCCCAACUUUUUGCGCAAAUGUUCACAAUACGCUACCCCUUGAGACUUCCUAGUCUCAUCACAAUCCUCAGUUCGUGUGUGGUUGAAAUGGCACGUACGACAAAGAAGAUGAAUGCAAUUACAGUGAAGGAGGGCAGUGAGGAGAUGAUUGAAGAGGUGGAUUCCAACAUAAUCUCAACACUUUACAUCAUUUGUCUCAUUACAAAGCUCAUGAAGAGCCGUAAACCCGUCGAUCCGGAAGAUCUCAAGCAAAUCUAUAAGCUCGUGAAGGAAGUUGUCUUCCUCCAUAUGAGGCUUCGUGAUGGGCAAACAAUUCUUCAUUUAGCCUGCAAUGCAGCCCUGCCACUGGAUGAAUUCCGUACGAGAGAUCUUUUAGGGCGUCCUAUCAUGCACGUUUUCUUCAGCUUCCCAUGCCCGGAUACAGUGAAGCUCCUGCUUCAUUGUGGAGCAAAUCCCAAUGAUGUGGACUUUGAUGGAAACAAUACGCUACACGUUCUCGUAAACAGGAUUAAGGAUCCUCCUCCAAGGCAUGUGAUCGUCACACUGGAAUACGUUCUCAAUCGCCUAAUUCGGGCUGGAGCACACGUGGAUGCGGUCAAUGAUCAAGGAUUCACGCCACGUCAAUCCACACAGAUCAAAGCCGUUCAGAACAUUGUGCGUUCGUACGAGGUGCGUGAGAUGAAGCUGGCUUGCUUGGCUGCCCAAAGGGUAGCGCGUAGCAAGAUUGAGUUCGAAGAGAUGGUGCCAAAGCACUUGGAGACCUUCAUUGAGAUGCACAGCCCUAAAUUUGACAUUAAUAGUGAAUACUACUAAAGCAAAUUGGAGCUGAGAGUAACUUUUCGUUCAACUCUUCACUCUUCCUGCCACUUUUUGACGGGUUUUUCUGUACACGACCGAGACUGUGAAUUGAGUUCCUGUGAAUUUGCGCCCCCUAAAAGAAGAAUCAAGGGAAAGGUGAGUCGCAUAUCAUGGUGUACGAUUUUUACUAUUUUUUUACAAAGAUAUUUUUCUUUAAUUAAAAAGAAAUUUGUAUAAAAGAAAAUGUAUUCCUUCGAGAAGUCAUCAUAGAUUGGGAAAUUAUUCCAAAAAUAAAUCGAAUGAGUUUAAAGAAAAAGCUUUUAAUUAGGAGGAAAAUAUAUUUACUUAAAAUAAAAGUUUUGGUAAAUGUAGGAUUUUUUAUACAUCAAUGGGAAAGGGAAUGGUGAAGGUUUCCAAAAAAAAGAGAAAAAUUCUCUGGUGCUCUUGUAGAAUUUUUACAUUUUUUAAAAAUAAAUAAUUUUAGUAAUUUCUUAGAUUUUCUUAUUAAAUAAAUGAGAAAUAUUUUUUAAAGAAUUUUAAAAGUAAUUAGGUCCAUAAAAACGAACCGAAAUGCUUCGAUAAUGGAAAUGUUGAAUAAAAAUGUAUUUUUAGAGUAUUUUUUAAGUCAAACUUUGCAAAAUAAAAACUUUCUUUUUUUAAGAAAAAUUAAAUUAUUUGUUCAAAAAAAUCGUAAAUUCUCUAACUGAAUUUUUUUUUUGAGUUUUAUGAAAUUAAAGUUUUAUGAAUUUCUAUAUGUUCUCUUAACGUUUUAAACUUCUAAAUAUCGCAUAGGUAAUUGAUUAAUCUUGGUUAAAAUGUUAAAAUAUAAAGUUUUUUCUUUUCAAAUUAAUUUUCUCAUUUUAAAAAGAUUUUCAAUAUUUUUCAAGUCAUCCAAACGUUAAAAAUUGAAGAAUGAAAUUUUGAAAUGAAAUAGAAAUAAUAAAAGAUUUGAAAAGGAUAUAUAUAUAGGUAUAUACAUAUUUUUGAAUAAGAUUAAUUUAUUCAUAAGACUGUGAGAUAAAUAUUUAAAGAAAUUAUCUAGAUUAUGGUUAAGUUUGUAUUUUCAUGACAAACGAAGCGGCUUUUGCAGAUUUUUAUAGCUCUAAUUGGAGAUAAAAAAAGAUCUUUAAUAAUUUUUGAAAUUUUCAAUACUAACUCUAAACAAAAUCAUGAAAAAAUCUGCAUAAAGUCCUUUAAGUUCAAAUAUUGAAAUUUCUGCCAAAAAAAAAAUCUUCUUAAAUUUUUUAAAUAAAAAUAAAACCUGAAAAUAAAAUUUCUACAACUUACCUUAGAAUAGUUUUUUUUUAAAGAUGUUUUAGGUGAUAAAAUAAAAUUCAGAUGACUUCCAAAGAAUUUUUGAACGUUUGUUUCUUGUACGUACACCUCAACGUGCGAUUCUUCCCCCCUUGGGGCAAAUUCAGGACGAGUAUGUAGAUAGAGAAAGACCUUUUUCUCGAAUUAGCUUCUUAUUUUUAAGGAAUAUUUUUGUAUCUUCUCAAUUAGUUUAACGAAAAAAAAAGAAGAAUGAAAAAAUGUAUCUAUAUAUUAUAAAAAAAUUAUUUAAUACUUUGUUUUGUGAUAUAACUUUUCAAUUAAAGGGAUUAUUUUCUUUAUAUACAAAAGAA